AUGUGCUACUACCGCUUAUACAUAUUUGUGGGAUGCGGCCACUCGACUUCCUCUGACGCGCCGGUUGGGUACUGUAAGGACGCGCGUAAAAAGAAGGAAGAAAGGGCGAAGGACGCGAUGGAGAGUCAAGAUCGGGACACAGAGUCUGGAGGCGGUUGCAGGUGUACAGACUCGCAGAUUACAUUGUUGUCAGACGAUGACUCGGAAGGAAGAGCAAACAUUAGCAUCGCCUGUGGCGAUGCCUCGAAACUUCUACAUCCCGGUACCUCAAUAAGCGAAGAUAGGAGACAGGAUACACAGUCUAUGUCUACUACCUAUGUUCCCCUGCAUUUGAUCACAGAUGAGUGGCCUGUUUUACUAUCUUCACCUCUACCUACUACUAUCCGAGAGGGUCAUACCUCGCCAUGGUAUUCAAGGACAACAGGAAAUGACACUGUUGAGCCAUGCAGAGAUGGUCGUGUACAUCCUCUCCACACCAUCAGGCUUGACCGCAUAUGCUCUGCCUGUGAGUGCGAGAGAGAAAGAAGACUCGGAGCAUUGUACUCAUCAAUGCGCGAGGUCAAAACUGAUCCUACAAGAUGGCAUUGGAAAUAUCAAGGAAACAUGAACAGGAAAAGCGCUGAGAAUCAGCGGGCGGGUAUGGGCUGGAGUGCUGGUGUAGGAGCGGCAGUAGGAGAAUGGUGGGAUCGGGGCAAGAAGGAGAACAGAAAUGAGACAAGAUGA